UCUCGCAGCGAUGGAGAUGACGCAAACAGCCUGUGCUCUCCGAAAAAGUGAUUCCAGGCGAACAUGGCGGCAACUUAGGCGCGCUCCAAGAUGACAACGGCCAGCCGGAGACGGGAUUGAAGGCUGCACGACGAGGGAGAGCCCCCCCCCCCCCCCAUCCCCGCCCCCCCAAUCUGCGGCAGACGCCCCAGCACAAGCAGAAAGAUCAGCGGAAGACGAGAGAGAAACGAAGGGAGGGUACGGGGAAAGAAGGAAGGAAGGGAGGAAGGGAGGCAGGAAGGGACGGACGCGGCAUGCGGUCGAAGAGGACGCCGUCCCCCCGCGGGGAGUUACGGAGGAUGCGGCAAAGUUAAUCCGCGCGUGCGGUCUUACUGGACCGGAAUAGCACCGAUCGAGCGGCGCCCUGCACCGGCGGAGGCAACGGCACCCCGAGGAGAACCGAGCCGAGUCCGCCCAAGUCAAUGAGUAUUGAGACAGAGCAGCCCCCGCGGUGGAGUCGGCCAGGGCAGCACUCUCCUAAAACAUGAGCAGGGGUGCUCGGACGCGUCGACAGCAUGACGAAGGCGUCAAAUACCGCUUCGCGCCCCGAGGGACCGACAAGCCAUCCGCCGAGUCGGAGCGGGCCCAGAGAUGGCGACUGUCGCUGGCCUCGCUCCUCUUCAUCACCGUCCUGCUCUCGGAUCACCUGUGGUUCUGCGCCGAGGCCACGCUCGCCCGCACCAGGGACAAGCGGCGCUCGGGCCCGGGCGGGCUCGGGAUUCGAGAGCCUCCCUCCCGGCUGCGCUGGCUGUCACCGCCGCCUGACCCCCACCCCGACCCCCACCACGCCAGAGCGCGAGAUGCUAUUUUUCUAGGGAAUUCUACCGAACCUCUGUGGCGGAUGGACACCUGCCACCCGCACAGCGUGUCCAAAGACUGCUUCACUUUCACGGACGCGGACACCGUGUGCCUGGGCCUCGGAGGCGGAGAUGGGACGCAGUCGGCGUACGUGAACCUGAGCGAUUUGUACCUUUCUUUUUGUAAUUCCUACUCACUUUUGGAUUUGUUUUACGGGUUUACGAGUCCACGCGACAUGAAUUGCACCCUGGAUAUGGCCAUGGGGGCGGACGCGCCGGGAUGCGGCGAGUGCGUCCGGGCUUACCAGCUCCUCGACCGGCAGGCGGAGGACAACUACCGGGAUUUCGAGCUCCUGGUGCGCAAAUACGAGACAGACGCGUACUCGGUUCGGACGUGCAUGGAGGAAUGCAAGUUGGCGUACAAGCCGUGGCUGUGUUCUCAGUACUUCCAGACCACCCAGUUGCACUGCACGAAGAGAAUCCCCUGUGGUCAACACUGCCUGGAGGUGCAGCAGCGGUGCCCCUUUGUCCUGCCCGACAAUGAUGAUCUCAUUCACGGAGGCAGCCCCAGUUUUAUAUGUACAGGGUUGCUGGAGGAGCGCCCGUCAGGCGUGGACCCGGACGCAGAGUGCUGCGACGUGCGGUGGGACUUGAAAGCGGACAACCGCUCCCGGGGGACGCUGAAAAGAACUCACCCGCCGUGCCAGCACCGAACCUCCCUCGGCUCCUCGGCAGCGUGCAGACUGUGCAACAGCCGCCUCAAACUCUGCCUGCUGGUGCUCGUCCUCCUACACACUGUCGCCAGCCUCACCGCAUCCCACAAUGCAACGGGCUUGGGCCUCCCCACCAUCGCGCCUCUGGAGGAGAGCCCUGCCAAUGAGGAGUGACGGAGCUGCCAGGAGGAGGUGAGGUUGUGGAGGUGGCGGGAUGGAGAGGGGGAUCAAAGAAAAAGGGGCGUUGGGAUUCCCUCACCAUGGCAACCACCACUAUGGAAAAAUACAGCCACAGUUUUUUUUUUUUUUUUUUUU